CUCCUCCCACACAGCCAAUAUAAAACACAAAAUUAGGAAGACGACCCAACUAUCUUCCCCUCCUUCACGAUGGCAGAUGCAGGGAGCCCCAGCUCAACUUUCCCCGACAUCGUGGAGCUCAACGUGGGCGGUCAGGUCUACGUGACCAGGCUGGACACGCUCACGGCGGUGCCCGACUCCUUGCUUUGGGCCAAGUUCAGCCAAAGUUCCCCGAAUGAUCUCCCCAAAGACGGCAAAGGGCGCUUCUUUUUUGACCGAGAUGGUUUUUUAUUCCGCUACAUUCUGGACUACUUGCGGGACUCGGAGCUCUUCCUGCCCGAGUUCUUCAAGGAGAAGAGGCGCCUGCAGAAGGAGGCAGACUUCUUCCAGCUCCCGGAGCUGUCAAGGCGCCUGGCGGCCCCCAGCUCCCCCACGGAGGACGGCGGCGGGGAGUCGGAGGAGGCUGAGCUCCCCAGCCCGAUCACCGGCUCCUCGUCGUCGGACAGAACCCUGCGCUCGCCGGGCUCCAGCUCCAUCUCCAGCUGCACCUCGGGCUACAUCACGGUGGGCUACCGGGGCAGCUACACCAUCGGCAGAGACAUCCAGGCGGACGCCAAAUUCCGCAGAGUGGCCCGCAUCACCGUUUGCAGCAAGAUCUGCCUCGCCAAAGAAGUGUUCGGGGACACGCUGAACGAGAGCCGCGACCCGGACCGAACCCCGGACAAGUACACGUCCAGGUACUACCUGAAGUACAACUUCUUGGAGCAAGCAUUCGAUCGGCUGGCCGAGGCUGGCUUCCACAUGGUGGCUUGCAACUCCACGGGGACCUGCUCGUACGCCAGCAGCGACCCGGGGGAGGACAAAGUGUGGACGAGCUACACCGAGUACGUUUUCAGUCGGUGAACUUUGAUGGCGGCACAUUGUGACUUUUUUUUUUUCCUGCAGUUGAUGUUUUUUUGUGGUGUACACUUUGUCCACCACGUUUGGAUUGAUUGUGUACUGCCGAUGAGGUUGAAAGAGAGCAUUUGAAAACUUUUUUCCUGCUACUUCUUGGGGAGUGAAAAAUGCAAAGGGCUCCAAGUUUGAAAUAUUUGCUCAUAUACAUUUAGCGAUAUUUAUCCACAUGCAACACUUAAUAUAGAUACAUAACUCAAUGAUUGAUUAUUUCUUCCCAUUGCUGGUAGUUAUUUUUAGAAGAGGCCCACAUGUGUGGUCCUUGGGGGGGGGCAUCCCACUGGCACCAUGUUGGUGACCCCCACUACAGAGCAAGGACAGGAUGUGACUCAUGAGACGUAAAUGUGAUGUUUGGGGUUUCCGUUUAACAGAUCAUAUAAUGAUAUAAAAUGGUUUUGUAAAUCAUUUUUAAUCUUUUGUGGAGAUGAAACAUUCCAAAAAAUCGUAAUCAUCAAACUCAAGACUGCCAGUUGAAUUGUCUGAUUGUGAUUUUACAAUAAAUAGCUCCAAAUAGGCGGUGAUAUCUUUCAUCUGUAAUCAUUUUAAAUAAAAAUGUGACAUGGCUGAA